GUAUCUACUAUGUACAUAUAUACAUACAUAGUUGUUUUGACAGAUCGUAUGGUUAGGUUGGAUUGCAUUCUAAAUGUACAGUUGUUUCAUGUAUAAUAAAAUAUAAAUUGUAUAAAAAGAUGGAAAACGAUAGCCCUAUAAUAUAUGGACUUGAAUUCCAAACAAGAGCACUAUCGGCUCAAACAGCAGAAACUGAUGUUGUUAGAUUUUUAGUAGGAACACAGUCUUUGAAAUUUAAUAAUAAUCAAGUUCAUGUGGUAGAACUUAAUGAAGAAACAGGUGGUUUAAAGACACAAGUGUUUCAUCAUCCUAUUGGUGAAAUUUGGUCUUUACAAGCAUCUCCUACAGAUCCCAAUGUAUUUAUUACCUGUUAUAAUAGUUUAAGCGAUGACGGUUCCUGUCAAAUGAAAGGAGCUCUUUGGAAGUUGCCAGAAUUGAAGGAAUAUACAAAUGAUGUUGAAGACCUUAAAAAGUUAGCAGAAAUUGAUACAACACCGUAUGGUACAGAUCUUAAAACCAUUGCUUAUCAUCCAAUGGAUUCGACAAAAGCUGUAUCAGUUGUAGAUAAUAAAUUUGUAUUAUGGGAUUUAACUGAAAAUGGACCACAGACCGUCACUUCUGGUACUUUGGCUGGUAAAAGUCAACCACGUUUCACAAAUGGAAAAUGGAAUCCUCACAAUGGUUGCAAUCAGUUUGUUACUUUAAAUGAAAAUAACGUUCGUGGAUGGGACUUUAGAAAUCCUUCUGAAGCAUCUUGGACAAUUUUGUCUGCUCAUUCUCAAAUAAUCAGAGAUUUAGAUUUUAAUGCAAACCGACAGUACUUCUUAUCUACAUGUGGAGAUGACGGUUACAUGAAAUUCUGGGACAUUAGAACACCCACGGAACCAAUACUAUCGCGUAUGGAACAUUCUCAUUGGGUGUGGAAUAUUAGAAUAAAUCGUUUCCAUGAUCAAUUAGUUUUAACUUCCAGUAGUGAUUCAAGAGUAAUAUUAUGUAGUAUUGCAUCAAUUUCUUCAGAACCAUUUGGACACAUAGUUUCUACUGAAGAUGAUUGUACACAAAAUGACUACAGUUGCAAGAAAGACAAGCUAGAAGAUGGAGUUGUAGGUAGAUACGAAGAACACGAAGAUAGCGUUUAUGCAGUAGAAUGGUCAUCCGCGGAUCCUUGGACAUUUGCAUCGCUAAGUUAUGAUGGCAGAUUGGUUCUUAAUAAAGUGCCCAGAAAAUACAAAUACCAAAUACUACUUUAAACUUACUGUAUAUAUAUAAAAAAAUUAAUUUUAUUUACAUAUAACAAAGACGUUAAUUAUUUUGUAAAUAUUGGUUAGCAUUAUUUAUUUUAUAAUUUAUAAUCGUUCUGAUACUUUACUAGCUACAUUUCUUAACUGUCCAUAAACCUUUGAUGGUGGACUACCCAAAAUUAAAUUACAUAUAGCUCUUCUUGCUAAUUGUAUAUUCUGAUAUGAACCAAGUAUGUGAACUUUACUAUCUGCUAACACAAUUCUUGUCUUUGUUACAUUUUCUAUUGUAAACUUUGUUCUACCACCCUUCCCUGCUAAUCUACCAAUAGCUCUGGAAAGAUGAUCCCCUUUUAAAGGUUUUACAUCUUGAACUUCAAAUGUUUCUACAAAUAAAUCAUCCAAACGUAAUAAA